CUGGGGACACACUUGGAUGGAGGCGAUUGAAAUGCCUGUCAGGGGUUUGAUACCAGCAGCCCCCACGGCAAAGAACUAGAUCAUAAGCCAGGGCUGCAUCUUUUUGUCAGUGAAUGAUGGCGGAGCUGGGUGGCUUGUCAUCAUUCUAGAAAAUUCUGAGGCUAGCGAGCGCUCUCUCCCUCUCCCACUCGCCUUAUUUUGCUUUUCGCCACUGCGGGGACUUUUUCUAAUUUGCAGCUUCCCUUUCCCCGACACACACAGACAGGAGCUCGUGGCUUGCAGACUGCGUCUGUCUGGGGCUGGAGAGCAGAGCCAGCCCGCGGGGAUAAUGCUCCGGCAGGAGGAUUCUGCAGCAAUCCUCAAAGGCUAGACUUGGGUGGUAUCGCUGCAUAUGCGCUGAUUCUCCAGCUUGGCUCUAACCGAAGAAACAUUGACUGGGAACUACUCAUUCAGAAAAUUAAAAGAAAGAAGCCAGGUCAUAUUAUCAACCCUUUGAGAACACAACAUAAACUGUACCAUUUUACCACUUCCUUGAAUAGGAUAGGUCACAGGGCAUUGAAGAAUGGCGGAUGAUCGGAAAGAUGAAGCAAAGGCACCUCACUGGACCUCAGCUCAACUCACAGAGGCAUCUGCACACCCACAUACACCUGAGAUUAAGGAUCAAGGCGGGGCAGGGGAAGGGCUUGUCCGAAGCGCCAACGGAUUCCCAUACAGGGAGGAUGAAGAGGGCGCCUUUGGAGAGCAUGGGUCACAGGGCGCCUAUUCAAAUACCAAAGAGAAUGGGAUCAACGGAGAGCUGACCUCAGCCGACAGAGAAACAGCAGAGGAGGUGUCUGCGAGGAUAGUUCAGGUGGUCACGGCUGAGGCUGUCGCCGUCCUAAAAGGUGAACAGGAGAAAGAAGCGCAGCAUAAAGAUCAACCUGCAGCCCUGCCUCUAGCAGCUGAAGAGACAGCUAAUCUGCCUCCUUCUCCACCCCCAUCACCAGCCUCAGAACAGACUGCCGCCGUGGAGGAAGGUUUACUUACAGCCUCGACGAUGGAGUUCCAUGAUCAACAGGAAUUGACUCCCUCUGCAGCUGAGCCACUGGACAAGAAGGAAGAGGAGUCAGAGAAACAAAGCAAGCCUGGCGAAGACCUUGAACAUGCUGCCUUAGUUUCUCCGCCUGAGACAACUGACACUUCUCCUGAUAAAAAGGACAUGCAAGGCACAGAAGAAGAAAAAGCACCUCCCAGUCUGUUUGGGCACCCUCUUGGUGCCAGCCUGGAAGACAUGAAACAGAAGACAGAACCAAGCCUGGUGGUCCCUGGUAUUGGCCUCCCAGCACAGCCUCCAGCUCCAAAAGAGCAAAAGGACUGGUUCAUCGAAAUGCCAAUAGAAGCAAAAAAGGAUGAGUGGGGUUUAGCUGCUCCAAUAUCUCCUGGCCCCCUAACACCCAUGAAGGAAAAAGAUGUACUUGACGAUAUCCCCAAAUGGGAAGGGAAACAAUUUGAUUCUCCCAUGCCGAGUCCCUUUCAGGGGGGAAGCUUCAGUCUUCCUCUGGAUGUCAUGAAGCAUGAAAUCGUUGCAGAAGCAACACCCUUUGCCCCUGCCCUAUUACAGCCAGAUGACAAAAAAUCUCUAGAAGAAACCAGUGGCUCAGCAACUGCCAAAGAUAGUUCUACAGUUGAAGAGCCCCAUAAGGAUAAACCUGACAAAAUGGCAGAAGCACCAGCCUCAGAGGCAAUCACCCCACCCGAAGAUGCUCACAUUCCAGUUGUGGAUGAAUGUGUCCCAGAGAAAGUUUUAGGGGAAGAAAAAGAGGAGAUAAAGCAAGACAGUGUGCCGAAAAAAGAGACUUCCAUCCUCAGUGCACAGGAACCUACACUUACUGAAAAGGAACCUCAGCUAACACUUGAACAAAAAACAACCAUUUCUGACAAAGCAGCCACGCCAAAAGAGAGUGAACCCCCAGAAGUGACAGAUGAAGAAACAAGCAUACUUCAGCCCUCCACAGAGCACACUUUCUCAAAAGAAGAACAGAAGAGCCAAGAACCUACCACAGACAUAUUAAAACAGGACUCAUUCCCUGUAAGCCUGGAGCGAGCUAUUACAGAUUCAGCCAUGACCUCUAAGACACCAGAGAAAGUCAUCACCGAACCAGCUGCACUAAGUGAAAAGAGUGAUACCCAGGACCUUUUUGAGGAAAAAGUUACUGACGAAGAUAAAAAGGUUGAAGGAGUUGGCGCUGCAGCAUCAGCUGAGAUGGAAAUGCCAUUUUAUGAAGAUAAGUCAGGAAUGUCCAAGUACUUUGAAACAUCUGCCUUGAAAGAAGAAGUGACAAAAAGCAUCCAACCAGGCAGUGAUUACUAUGAACUGAGUGACGCAAGAGAAAGCGCCCCAGAGUCUUUUGAUACUGUAUCUCCCGUGUAUAAAAAUGGCGACAAGGCACUUCAGGCAGCGAAAGAAUCCCAGCCCAGUGCUCCAGCACAAGAAGCAGGCUAUAGCACUCUCGCACAGAGUUAUCCAUCUGAUUUACCUGAAGAGCCCAGUUCUCCUCAAGAAAGGAUGUUCACUAUUGAUCCGAAAGUGUAUGGGGAGAAAAGGGAUCUCCACAGUAAGAAUAAGGAUGAUUUGACACUAAGCAGGAGUUUAGGACUUGGAGGUAGGUCCGCAAUAGAACAAAGAAGCAUGUCAAUCAAUUUGCCCAUGUCUUGCCUGGAUUCCAUAGCCCUUGGAUUUAACUUUGGUCGGGGGCAUGAUCUUUCUCCUCUGGCUUCUGAUAUUCUAACCAACACUAGUGGAAGUAUGGAUGAAGGGGAUGAUUACCUUCCAGCCACAACACCUGCAUUGGAGAAAGCCCCUUGCUUCCCAAUAGAAAGCAAAGAGGAAGAAAAACAGGUAGAGGCUGAAAAAGCUACCGGAGAGGAAAGUACUCAAGUAGAGGCAUCAUGUGAGUCACCUUUCCUAGCCAAAGAUUAUUACAAAAAUGGUACUGUCAUGGCCCCCGACCUGCCUGAAAUGCUAGAUCUGGCAGGAACAAGGUCAAGAUUAGCUUCCGUGAGUGCAGAUGCUGAGGUGGCCAGGAGGAAAUCAGUCCCGUCAGAGACUGUGGUUGAGGAGAGUAGCACUGGCUUGCCCCCUGUCACUGAUGAAAACCACGUCAUUGUUAAAACGGACAGUCAGCUCGAAGACUUGGGCUACUGUGUGUUCAAUAAGUACACGGUCCCACUGCCAUCACCUGUUCAAGACAGUGAGAAUUUAUCUGGGGAGAGUGGUUCCUUUUAUGAAGGCACUGAUGAUAAAGUGCGAAGAGAUUUGGCCACAGACCUUUCAUUGAUUGAAGUAAAACUGGCAGCUGCCGGAAGAGUAAAAGAUGAGUUCAGUGCUGAGAAAGAGGCACCACCACAUAUCCCUGGAGACAAAUUGGGACUGGGUAGGGAAUUGGAUCAGGAGAGGAGAGCUAAUGAUAAGCUGGAUACUGUACUAGAAAAAAGUGAAGAACAUGCUGAUUCAAAAGAACAUGCCAAGGAAACAGAAGAGGCUGGUGAUAAAAUCGAACCAUUUGGAGUAGACGUAACCCACGAGCAUGCUCUGGCCAAAGAACUGACAGUAUCAAAAGAUGCAUCACCUCUUGUGGCUGAGAAAGCAGAGAAAGGUCUCAGUUCAGUGCCAGAGGUAGCUGAGGUAGAACCAUCCAAAAAAGCUGAACCAGAACUGGAUUUUGCUGCAAAGAAAGCUGACCAGGGUCCGUUAGAUGUUAAAAUCAGUGACUUUGGACAGAUGGCUGCAGGGCUAACCAUAGAUGCUGGAAAAGCAGUAGAGCUUAAACCUGAAGCUACACGGGACCUGACUCCCCCGUCCGCAGCCCCUCAGGAGGCAGAGGCAUUCCUGGGCGUUGAGUCUGGCCACUUGAAAGAAGGCGCCAAAGUCAGUGAGACGGAAGUCAAGGAGAAGGUGAGCAAGCCUGACUUGGUGCACCAGGAAGCUGUAGACAAGGAAGAGUCCUACGAGUCCAGCGGUGAGCAUGAAAGUCUCACCAUGGAGUCCUUGAAAGCCGAUGAGGGCAAGAAGGAAACGUCCCCGGAGUCUUCUCUAAUUCAAGACGAGAUUGCCAUCAAAUUGUCAGUAGAAAUACCUCGUGCACCCGCUGCUUCAGAGGCUGACGUAGCUCCAGGGGAGAGAGCUGAUGUCCAGAUGGAAUUUAUCCAGCUGCCAAAAGAAGAAAGCAAAGAGACCCCAGACAUAUCUGGUACGCCCUCUGACAUGACAGAGCCACUGCCCGAAGCCGUGGCCCCUGAACCAGCGGGGGCUCAGAGCGAGGAAGAAGAGAUAGAAGCCCAGGGAGAAUACGAUAAACUGCUCUUCCGCUCAGACACCCUUCAGAUUACCGACCUGGGUGUCCCGGGUGUCCGGGAGGAAUUUGUGGAGACCUGCCCAGGGGAACACAAGGGAGUGAUCGAGUCCGUUGUAACCAUCGAGGACGAUUUCAUCACUGUGGUGCAAACCACGACCGACGAAGGGGAGUCAGGUUCCCACAGCGUGCGUUUCGCAGCUCUCGAGCAGCCGGAGGUGGAAAGGAGACCGUCCCCUCGUGCCGAAGAAGAGCUCCAAGUGGAAGAGGCAGCUGAAGCCCAGGCAGAACCCAAGGACGGCUCCCCAGAGGCUCCGGCUUCCCCUGAGAGAGAAGAGGUUGCUCUCUCAGAAUACAAGACAGAAACCUAUGACGAUUACAAAGACGAGACCACCAUUGAUGACUCCAUCAUGGAUGCGGACAGCCUCUGGGUGGACACUCAAGAUGAUGAUAGGAGCGUCAUGACAGAACAGUUAGAAACUAUUCCUAAAGAGGAGAAGGCUGAAAAGGAAACUCGGAGACCAUCUCUUGAGAAACAUAGAAAAGAAAAGCCAUUUAAAACCGGGAGAGGCAGAAUUUCCACUCCUGAAAGAAAAAUAGCUAAAAAGGAACCUAGCACAGUCUCCAGAGAUGAAGUGAGAAGGAAAAAAGCGGUUUAUAAGAAGGCUGAACUUGCUAAAAAAACAGAAGUUCAGGCCCACUCUCCCUCCAGGAAAUUCAUUUUAAAACCUGCUAUCAAAUAUACUAGACCAACUCACCUCUCCUGUGUUAAGCGGAAAACAACAGCAGCGGGCGGUGAAUCAACUCAGGCUCCCAGCAUAUUCAAACAGGCAAAGGACAAAGCCUCUAGUUCUACCUUGUCAAAGAUUCCUGCCUUACAGGGUAGCACAAAGUCCCCAAGACACAGCCCAGCCUGCCCUAGCACCACUAAAAGGGCUACAUUUUCUGACGGUGUUUUAAUCCGGCCCACCUCAGAGGGCUCCACAGACUGCUUGGCAUACUCAGAAUCAGGGGACAAGGAUGGAGUACCCAGGAGCCCGGAAAAGCGCUCUUCUCUGCCGAGACCUUCCUCCAUUCUCCCUCCUCGCCGAGGUGGGUCAGGAGACAGAGAGGAAAAUUCCUUUUCUCUCAACAGUUCUAUCUCCUCUUCAGCACGGCGGACCACUAGGUCAGAGCCAAUUCGCAGAGCAGGAAAAAGUGGCACUUCGACCCCCACUACCCCUGGAUCAACCGCCAUCACUCCUGGCACCCCACCUAGCUAUUCUUCACGCACACCAGGCACUCCUGGAACCCCUAGCUAUCCCAGGACCCCUCACACACCAGGAACCCCCAAAUCUGCCAUCUUGGUGCCGGGUGAGAAGAAAGUUGCUAUCAUACGUACUCCUCCCAAAUCUCCCGCUACUCCCAAGCAGCUUCGGCUUAUUAACCAACCACUGCCAGACCUGAAGAACGUCAAAUCCAAAAUCGGCUCAACAGACAACAUCAAAUACCAGCCUAAAGGGGGCCAGGUUAGGAUUUUAAACAAGAAGAUCGAUUUUAGCAAAGUUCAGUCCAGAUGUGGCUCCAAGGAUAACAUCAAACAUUCUGCCGGGGGUGGAAAUGUACAGAUUGUUACCAAGAAGAUAGACCUAAGCCAUGUGACAUCCAAAUGUGGCUCUCUGAAGAACAUUCGCCACAGGCCAGGUGGUGGGCGUGUGAAAAUUGAGAGUGUAAAACUGGAUUUCAAAGAAAAGGCCCAAGCUAAAGUAGGUUCGCUGGACAAUGCUCACCACGUACCUGGAGGUGGUAAUGUCAAGAUUGACAGCCAAAAGUUGAACUUCAGAGAGCACGCUAAGGCCCGCGUGGACCAUGGGGCUGAGAUCAUUACGCAGUCCCCGGGCAGAUCCAGCGUGGCCUCCCCUCGACGACUCAGCAACGUCUCCUCUUCUGGAAGCAUCAACCUGCUCGAAUCCCCUCAGCUGGCCACUUUGGCCGAGGAUGUCACUGCUGCACUUGCUAAGCAGGGCUUGUGAAUAUUUCUCAUUUAGCUUUGAAGUAAUAACGUUUAGGCAUGAGCUCUUGGCAGGAAUGGGCUCUGAGCAGGUGUUAUAUUCAUUCUUUACAAUCCAUAAAAUAAAUAAUCUCAUUCCCAAACUGUAGUCAUUGUUACAAUUUUAUAAAAAAAAAACAUGAAUAGUAUAUGCAGAAAUUGACUUGAUUUCCAUUCGCAACAGGAAGACACUGGCUUUACAUGAGUACAAUUGGACAAUUAUUUUUGCUCUGCUCUGUUUUGCAUGGAGAAUUAUUAUUUCAAAAAUUGCAUUUUUACCUUUCAUGUGCCUGAAGGCUAUCCACUACGUUCUGAAAGGCCUUGUUAAAAUCCAAGCUGCUCAUUUCACUGUUCUGUUGCUGGGUGAAAACACAAACGCUGCCCAUUGUAACUUACUACAAGUCAAAUUAAAUCAGGAGUCUGAUUGCAGGAAGGGAAGAGCAUGUAAGAAAUACGUUUUUUUUUAAAUGUUAUUUUGUAUAAAUGGGAAGAAAGAUUCAAUUAAGUUAUUAACAUUUUGGACCUGGAUUAUUAUAUCAGAGUAUAAGUAAGUCAAUCCAAUAAAUUAUUUAACUAAUUAAAAAAUAGGUACGAAGCCUUGGAGCUGCAGUUGAGGAAGUGGUGUAGAAGUGCAUCUCUUAGGAAUGUUGCACUUUCAUUAGGACGGACUCGUGUCUGAUUAGAAUGUCAGUUGAUCAGCUAGAUUUGUGUCCACACUACCAGUUUCACACCCUUUUCCAUCUGUUUGAUACAGUAUUAUAGAUAUAAAUAUAUAUAUAUUUCUCUGUGGCCAUUUGUGAUACUUCCUCAUAUACUUGAAUAUUAUACUUCCUUAUUCACAGUAUCUGUGUCUCCUGCACCCUUUGGUGUUACAAUUUUAGGUAUGUGAAAGUAGCUGUUAGCAGGGUUCUUUCCCUAUUUAAAAAAAAAAAAAUUACGUUAAAAAAGACAAAAUGUUUUAGCAUGAAGUUGCUUUCUGUAACAACUCAAAGCUGUAACCCUGUUUUAGUGCCAGAUACAAGUCUCUUCCGUGAUGCUAGAAAAAUUUAUUUUUCUUUGCUUUCACCAACAUGGAGUUUGUGGGGGUGGGUCCAGUUAUACAUAAAAGGAUUUACAGAUUGUUGGUUUAAGGUUAUGGGUUUAUCUAAUUUUGAAUCACGGAAUAGUUUGGGUUUUAUUCCUGUAAUCAUUCAUGAAACAGACUUCCUAAGAUUUCUUUUUUU